AUGCUUCGCCUCUCCGCAACCGCGAUGGCAUGGAUUGGGUUGCACAGCAAGGUAACUUGCGUGCCUCGGGAAUCGCCAUUGUUCGAUCCGGAUCUUCACGUGCCGGACAUGUCUGCGUCGGAGGCUGUCCCACAGAUAGAUCGGCGAGAGUCGGAGAAGGGCUGUCAUUGGACUUCGAGACUCAAGUUUGAGCUUUGUGGAGAAGAUGGCUGCCACGAGUCAGAAAUUUUGGCUUUCGACUUCCAGCGGAGGGCCUGGGAUUUUUAUGAGGGCAGAAGCACGGCACCUCCUUUGGAGGAGUCUGCUUUCAUCAUGGCAAUGCCGCUUGAUGAGAUGCAUGGCGCUUUCGAACUUUGUCCAGGAAUGGUAGUCACUGGAUUGCUGUUGGCUGCAGAAGCACUGCUGUUCUCCAUGGCGCCCAGUGCGCGAGAUCCGCUGCAACUGGCGAAAAGCUAUAUGCAGUUUUUGCUGGACUCGAACCGAGAUGAAUUCGAGACUUUGAUCUCUAUGUGGCCAGUCCUUCACGGCCAGCAUCGUGCGGAGGAGGCAAAAUACAGAGUCUCAAUCGCACAGCCACCUUCAGUGGACGUGGUAAUUGCACGUUGCAGCACUACACUUCGAUGGUUGUGGACUUUGCCGCUGCCUCCUCAGGCCCGCGUCUUCGUCUAUAGCAAGUGUGAUGUGACAGGGCAUGACCUGCAACGCCAACUUGCAGGUAUUGUUGAACGAGUCGCUCAAGUUGUGGAGGUGCCCCUGAGCGAUUCUGGUGAGUGGAUGACGGGUGAAUGUACCGCAUACUUGCAACAUAUUCUUCGUGGCUUGGCUGGAGCGGAUCCAGUCAUUCGUUUAGCAGAUUACACGGUCUUCGUUCAUGAUGAUGCGCCCCGGCAUCUGAAACCCGAGUUCCUGUCCAUGGUCUUUCGGAGUCUGUCUUUGGGUACUUUGGAUUCAAACGUAUCCUUUCUGAAUCUCGCACAUGAGCGCUACGUGUCCGCAGCGACCCCGUGCCUGAGACACUUGUACUCGGCGGUCAUGGGUAGACCUCUGGUGGGCCGCCUCUCGACUUACUGCUGUGGCCACUUUCUCGCCAAAUCCUCUCGCCUGCAUGAAAUACCAGCAGAGCCACUGCAACGAUUGCUUUCUGCCGUACAGACUGGAACAUACACCGCACGAGCUGGAGGGCCUUGUGAGGUUGCCAACAUGCCGUGCUAUGUCGUGGAGUACUUGUGGCAUGUAGUCCUUGGAGAACCAGAUGAAUUACCGUGGCGAUCCGAAGAUGUGCGUUUGCCGCUGGCCCUUCGAUAUGAAGGCGGCAGAGAGACGCGCUUGCCUUCUCCAUUGAGAUUUGCCCAGUACAUGCAGCUUCAGUCGAAGUGA